AAUUCUGGACACAGAUUCUGGGCCCAAUGAUACAUUCAACGGGCCGCCAAAACUAGUGCAAGGUUGUAUGUGCAUCUAAGUAAGUGGGCCCCAUAUUUUCCAAAUGUUCGCUCACCAACCAAACUCUCUCUGUAUCUAUUCCACACUUUCUUAAGGUGGUCUUCCUCGCACCCAAUUUAUUACUCUCUAUAACUGUCUUUUUCAAAAUGUCGCCGUCCUGCUGCUCCGGCAAAUACUCCGUCGCUCUCUUCUUCUUCAUUCUCUCCGCCGUUCCAAUAGCUUAUAUUAUCUCUUCAGAGAAAGCUGUUCCUUCCACGCACGUCAUCUCUUACCACAGCUCCGGCUUCCUCCGCGAGUGCGCCAAAUGGGACGACGUUGGUCGGAGAUUCCUCGUUUCCUACAUGGACGGCGGCGGCGGUAUCGGCGAGCUUGUUCCUACUAAAGAUUCCGACGACGUUCUUAAGGAAGUCACUUUGGUCAAAGACGUUGACCUCGCCGGUAACUCUUCCAACGGAUUUGUCAUCGACCGCCACCGAAACCGUCUCCUCCUCGCUGUCGGCGAUUUGCUUGGAAAUCGUUAUAGUGCUUUAGUGGCCUAUGAUUUGUCCACGUGGCGUCGUCUCUUCCUCACAGUGCUUAGCAGCCAUAGUAAAGAGAUAACAUACGCAGACGAUGUAGCUGUUGAUACACAAGGAAAUGCUUAUGUAUCUGAUGCAAAAGGAGGUAAAAUAUGGGUUGUUGAUGUCAAUGGAAAGCUAGUGUACACCAUUAGAAGCCCUCUCUUCACUACACCUGGUUGGUAUAAUAACUUUGUCUCUCUUAACGGCAUUGUUUAUCACCCGGAGGGGUUCCUUAUCGUCAUCCACACUUUCUCCGGUUUCUUAUACAAAAUCGAUGUAACCAAUGGGGAUGUUAGUAGUAAAGUCACUGUUAUUGACGUUUCUGGUGGGUCUUUGAGGUUUGGUGAUGGGCUUGAGUUCUUGUCUCCAACCAAGAUUGUUGUUGCAGGUAGCCCGUCUUCGAAACUGGUAGAGAGUUCAGACGGGUGGCGGACGGCUUCUGUGACGGGUUGGUUCAGCAGCGGUAUGGUUCAUCGGUUAGUCUCGUCGGCUACUGUUAAAGAAGGAAGAGUUUAUCUUAAUCACAUUGUUGGGUUUGGGUCUAAGAAGAGACACAUACUUGUGGAAGCUGUGUUUUAGACUCUUUAUUUGUAGUAGUAGUAAUCUCUUUUUAAGUUCUGGUAGUAAUACAUUCUUUAUGAUUCUACUCAAAUCUGAUGUAGAGCUUGUCUUUGUCAAAUCUCUUUUAAUCUAUUAGAUAAUCAUUCAUUAUAAGAUCUGAACAUCAUUCUAAUUACAAAUAGUCUGAUUUUUCAUUU